CAGUAUAGCACUGUUUUUCAUCGCUUGGUUGCGCAUAGCACGAUAGUAACAUUUAUAUUUUCUAGUUUUUAUUGAAAAAAAGUAGCUUUUAUUUUCUGUAAAAAUAUUAGAAAUUGUUUUAAAACAAUAUCAGACAAUUGUGUGUUAAAUGGAAUUUGAAAUAAAUAAGUCCAAAGUGAUCAGAAGCCAAUGAAGUGAAGGCAUGGUCAAUACAUUUUUCAGUGUUUUUUUUUCGUUUUGGUGUAUGUUAGUUUGUGUGAAUGUACUGCUCGGAGCGGCAAACUAUAAAGGAAAUAGAUAAAUAAACAAAAAAGCCAGCCCAAGAAAAAAUAUAAAAGCGUAUCAACCAAAUCAAGAAUGAUAAUGGAAUUUAUUUACAGAACAUUUCAGUAGCUGGUUAUGUGUGUAUUAUUACAAACUAAACGCAUAUAAUGCUUAGCAAUAUGGAGUGGAUAUUUGUAUUGCUUCUACUCUUCAGCUGUGAUGCAGUGGUGCUGGAUGAUUUCGAUGGCAGUGACACAGUUACAGCUUCCAAUGCAAAUACUACUAAUCACAUUAACAGUAAUGUUCCUCUAUUUUUAAGUAAUACUAGCUUUAAUGCAUAUCAUAAAGUAACCACGGAGUUGCCGAAAGUGGCGAAGGACUUUGUCACUGUGAAUAUCAAUGCGUUACCGGUGCCGAAGCCGUCUUCCACCAGUCUGCCGCCACAAAAAGUGUCUUUGAGACCCAAUGCAAGCGAGGAAUCUAAUACUAACGUUGUAAGUGGCAGUAUUACCGCACCAUCGGCUUCUUCGCCAUUCAGCCAAACUUCAGCGAGCGUGUUUUUCACAAACUAUAUUAAUCAGCAAAAUGUGCUGGAGCUGGUGCGCAACAUUGACGCGCGUUUGCGGAUUAUACGCAAUGUUGAAAUGCGUAUUGCGACCAUACAGGAGUUGUUUGAUUCGAUGCAUUUUAGUGGCAAUAGCGCCGCACUCAACCUGGGCGCACAGAAGAAUAGUAGCGACGCACAGUACAGUUCUUUGUCGGCCACUCUAGAACAAGAUUUGCAGAUCUUCGGCAAGCGACUCGCCAAAAAGCUACAAAAGGCGACGCAUGUAGUGCUGGAACUGCGAGAUUUCUUUCGCACAAACAUUACAAAAGUGCUGCUGCAACAACAUCUACAGACAACCGAAUACGGUGAUGAGAACGACGAUGUCGAUACUGAAGCAGAUGAUGUGGAUACAGAUGAAGAUGAUGAAGAAAGCGAAGUUGAAAGUGAAGAGGACGAAUUUGAUGUUGAAAUCGAUGAAUUAGAUGGUUUAGUGGACACAGGACAUGACGUGCGUAAUUUGCGCUUGUAUUUGCACACAUGCAUACAGGCUUUUCAAAGCAAUGCCAACAAUAGGCAAAUAAUUGCGGAAUCGAAUUACAACAAGCAACAAAUACAAAUCCUGAACUAUCUUAAGACUGAUUUACCAAGCCAUAAAUCACAGUACUUACAGCAUUUCGAACAGACCAACACUUUUAUGGAUGAAGGUUCCUUUGAGGCGCGCGCCAAUGCGUACAUACUCGAAAAACUACAAACUUUGAAGAAUGCAUUAUUGAAAAGUGAUUUUUCCAUUGAGCUUACUAAAUUACCGACAAAUGUGCGCAGCACUGCCUCAACAACAACUACAACUAACGCGAAACUGAAAUUCCUAGGAAACCACUUUAAACAUAUAUACUUCCUAUCGCGCAGCGAUCACGCCGACGAUCUGCGCACACACUAUUACGAAGACAACUACUUCCAGCAAUUGUAUGUAUCGUCCAUAAAAAAUAAAUAUGUUUUUCUAUUACUAGACGUCGGUUCGGCCAUGAAUAUGGAAUUGCUAGAACUAACGAAGGCUUUAGCUGCAAAUAUCUUGCAACUGCUAUCUCCAAGCGACCUAAUUUCCAUAGUGACCGUGUCCGAUGAAGCACAUAUUAUGCAGUUCGAUACCUACCCCAACGACGCAGCAAACGGAGUCUUCUAUGCGAAUCGAGCGCGUAAAGAAGAAAUUCUGAACUAUAUACAUUCACUCGCUGUGACAAAAGGCCAAACAAACCAUUCGCUCGGCUUCGAAUAUGCCUUCCAAACACUAUAUCAGCUUCAGAACAUCAGUGUGAUAACGGAACAAAAUCCAAUACAAUUUAUUUACGUCACGCGUGGUCUACUCACCAAUCUCUCCGACACGAUGCAUGUGCUCCAAGUGAUUGCAAACGGCCAGCGUCAAUUAAUAGAUCCAAUAGUUAUACACGCAUGCGCGGUGGUCACCGAUGAAAAACGCAUAAUGUAUGAGAAGCAAUUUCUUACUGAUAUCGCCACACAAAACUACACUAAGUACAAAAUACCGGUAAACGAAUGGUUAGAAAGUGAGGCUGAUCUCCAAGAAUUGGUCGGGAAAUUUUUCGUUCUGACUAAAACGCAAACAGACGAGAUGAUGCGCCUGUGCGUUGCCUUAUUUCAGCAUACAUUUAGCGAGCGAUAUUUGAGCCAGAGUCUGGAGGUGCAGCUGCCUGUGGUGGAGCCAAAUAGUGGUGACGCUAUAGUAUCGGUCACGCAUGUGGUGCCUCCAUUCGGUUUAGUGGGCGUUAAUCUUUAUCUGACCGAUUUGAUAGAGGACGUAAUCAGCUAUGGACAACCAACACAAAACGCCAAUAAAAAUGAGUUCAGCUACGCAUUCCUUAUCGAUCGUAACGGUAUAACCAUUGCGCAUCCGGCAUUUCCCCGCCCCAUGACACAGCAACAGACACCAUUUCCCGUGGAUAUAGCCUUCUUGGAGAACUCAACGGAUUUUGCAUAUACGAGGAAACAAAUCCUACACGAAGAGCGCGGAAAUCUGACGACGAACGUUUACCUCACCAGGGAUCGUAAAAUCGAGUCUUUUGAGCGAAUUUAUAAAUGGCAGUCCAUAUUGGGUAUCUACAUUCUGUGCCUCGUGUCUACAUUUAAAGCAGAAACAAGUCCCAGCAACUCUUCCACGCCAACAAAUACGGAUAACAACAUGCGAGCAGCAACUCUACAAGUGCCAUCCGGCUUGCCAAUAAACUUACAGCAUUUCAGCAUAAGCAAGGAUAACACGGCGCGCUUCCACAACAAUAAUUAUGACUAUUUCUCUAGCAUGGAAUUGCUUUAUCACCGCCUGGACCUGGUGCCGCCCCCAAAUGGUCAGGCAUGCCGUUACUUUCGUCAAGUGGCCACUAUGGAUACCCCCACGCUUUUCUUGAGCGCCUCCGCUUUCAUGUCGCCCUUCACGUUUCUACACAACAAUCGUGUGAACUCACCACGCGCCCAGAUACGUACGGUGGAGAGUAUAAUGGCUUACUUGAAAGACACCACAGGUCUCUUAGCAAAUCCGGGUCUGCGCCCACAAAUACGUCAAGAAGUGAGUGCGCUCUAUAACGCUAUGCGACAUUUGAAGAAACGACAUCAGGAUGCACGCGGCACACUCAAGAACUACAUCAUACGCCGCUACAUAGCCAGUGUAAAUGGCGUGCUUCAAGUCUAUCCAGGUUGUUUGCUUAGCACCAAUUAUGAUCCGACACGUCGGCCAUGGUUCCGUAAGGCUCUACAACAGCCUGGUAAAAUUAUCACAACUGAACCGUAUUUGGAUGCCGGCGGCGCGGGGUACAUCGUCACCAUUGCGCAUACAAUUUUCGAGGGCAAAUCAAAUGCUUUGCACUCUAUUGAACGCGAUGAACCGGUAGCCAUAGUUGCACUCGAUCUGCCCUACGCAUACUAUUACAAAAUGAUACUUGACUCAACGCCCCUGUGUCAGAUGAAGCAUAUCAAAUGUCUGCUCUUCGAAAACGAAGGCUACCUUAUAGCGCAUCCGAGCAUGCUAGAAGCAAGCACACAAACACGCAACCAGCGCCGGCCACACGAGCACCUCACACACAAGGAAUCCUACCUAGCCAACGAUAUACUCAAUCAUAAAUCGCUGGUGCGCAAAUUGGCCUGCGCGAACUACCAAAAUCGCACGCUGCAACGCUACUACGUGUUCAACACCUCGCUGAGCGAUAUACUCACGAAUGUAGUGCAUGGCGAACGCACUAAAUACGCCAUCGCACUGGUCUAUGGCAGCAACAUAUUUGCUGCCGUGCUCAAUUCGACCUGCGAUGGCGGUGCUUUUUGUCCUUGCAGCACGAUUGAUCGCAUUUGUUUGAAUUGCAAUCGUAUGGAUCAGAUGGACUGCGAGUGCCCGUGUGAAUGUCCCAUGGAAAUGGAGGUUUUCAAUGGCGCUGUGGGCGCAAAACAUGCGGACCCCGCGGAGUCGUCCAUAGCACGUUUUCUAAAUUACACGCAGCAAUUUUCGUAUUGCGAACCGCCUAGCGAGCAUUUCAUUGCCUUGCCGCCGGUCAGCGCAGAAUAUCAGCUGUUGCAUUCGUGCGUCAGCAUCAACUGUGAUGUGUAUGGCACACAGAGUGAGUGUCUUGGUGUGAUGGGUUGUGAAUGGUGCCAGCAAGACCUAGACGGCAAUAGCUUUACGGCAGCCUUUUGUGCCGCGCAGGCAUCUUGCUUUAAUGGUGUGCUCUCCUCACUUACACCGUAUGGUGAUUUGGACGAUGUGGACAUAAUCGCCGCACACAGCUACAAUCCCGGGCAAAAGCCCAGCUCAUACUCGGCCUUUGGUCCAGUGGGUGGCGCUAUUAUUGUGUUGGCCUUCGUAAUGGGUUUCGCCAUAUACUGCUAUCGCCACAAUAUGGACGCACAAUCGCAAGAGCAAUUCUAUGUGGACUCAAUGCAAGAAGAGAAUUAUGGUCUGCCAUUAUCGCGCUUCAAUUUCGACGAUUGCCAAACGCACGACGAACCACCCGGUGGCAAUGGCGGUUACGAUCAUCCGUCCGCGCAGCGCAAUCUUAUACACCCCGCCGACAUUUCGCCCUACCACAUGUCCACGGGCAGCAGCUAUAGACGACCGCCCAACGGUGAAUCGGACCACGGUUACUCCACAAUGACGCCGCACGAAGACUCCUCCGAUCACCAGUGCUUUGCGCUGGCCGAACCACUGCUGCUGCAUGACAAACGCCACAGCAAGUCCGACACCAUGUCCAUAUCAACCUCCAUAUCAAGUCCAACAAACCGCCACCAUCAACCACACUAUCAAAACCCAUACCUCAACCAUCCAGCACCGGCGCCGACGCAAGCGAAAGAUAUACUGCCGGCGCGCUACCAAAUAAACUCACCGAAGAAGUACCAACAGGCGGUGACACCCACACGCCACAUAGGCGACGCUGCACCGGUCUAUGGCCAGACGACACUGCCGCUAAACGACUCGACCGAGGACUGCAUGACGGCGCCGCGCUACAUACUGGCGCCGGUAACGGUACAUAGACAUAUGGAACCAACCGAAACGUAGUUCCUACGUUGGCGAAACCGUUUUAUGGCAAUUUAUCGCAUAUGCUCUUUAUAGAUUAGCCAAUAAGUUGAAAGUAUUAACCCAGCAAGUGUUUGCUUAACUUAAAUGUGGGCAUAAGUUAAAUUUAAGCCAUGUGUAAUGCUUUACCGCAAUCCGUACUUCCAAGCGCCUACGUUUUAAGCAAAUAUUUACAUAUUUUUAUUGUCUAACAGUUUUAGGCCUACACGCUUGUUUGUCAAUUUUUGGAAGCAUGCAUGCAUGUAGUUGUGUCCAGCUAUCGCUUCCUGUUGCAGCUUUUUACAAAAAUUUUAUUAGCGUUAAGUUUGCAUUUUAAGCUAUUGAUUAGUGUAUAUAUUUAAGCUAUCACACACACAUACACACAUAAAUGUUGCAUUUAAAGCUGUGCUGUUACAAGUUACCUACGAACACAUCACACACCGUCUCUACCUGCAAAACGUUGCAAAUCACUUUAUAUCGUAAUCGCCAAUGCGAUUUCAUGUGAAAGUGAAAUUGUCGCGAAAUCGCUCUCUUUAUAACUGUAAUUAUUAAUAUUACCACAAUUGCACGUUCACAGCAACAACACGUCAACUGUUUUCCAUGCGCGUAACGCUAACUAACGGCAUUGUCAUGUCAUGUCUGUGCUUAAGUUGUUAAGGCAAAGGCUUAAUAUUUUCUAUUAAAUAAGUAUUACAUGCCACCAUCCAUUAGAUAUACGAUUUUCGCCCAUUAAAGUGUUUAAAGAGAUUUGUUGUAAUGAAAUUGAGUGACUUAAACUGUUUCUUGCCGCAUAUAGUCGUCUAUUAACUAGUAUAUAAAUUGCAUUUAGUCUGUCGUUAAGGCGCCACCUCGGCAAUUGUAUGCUUUCUAUGUUUUUGAUUUCGAUUUUAUGUUUAAAAAAUAUAGUAAAUAUAUUUAAAGUGAAGUACUAUGUACUUAUACAAUAACAAAAAAAAAAAGUGCAGUAGUAAAUGCAUAUAAAAAGUACCGUUGUUUACCCAAGUAAUUACUUUAAGCUAAUAACUAAUUGUUUACUCAAAUAAAAUAUUGCUAAAUAUGAACACUUCAUUAUUUACACAAACUUAUGCUGCCGCUGAGGGCAGAACUACGGUGAAGUUUUUUAAGAAUAAAAUAAUUGUAAGAUAUUGAAAAGAAUAUGAAAAACUGUGUUUUU